UGUCUCUUUGUGGCGAGCACAACAGACUUUGUUCCCCCCCCUCUCUUGCAUCGCCGCAGACGAGGCGCAGGUCCGGGGAGGAAGACACCUCCGGGUGCGGAACUCUACGCAACUCCCAGGCAAAAGUCCAAAAGAGGAGGCAGAACUCAAGAGCCGGACGGAAGAAAGACUUAAAGAGUGGACGGAUUGGACUGGAGUGCAUCACUUAAAGGUGGAAUCUUCUUUAUACGUGUUUGCAUUCUCUUUGGAAAAGUUUGAGCGGCGUAUGAAAUUCAGAGUGUUUGUUUUAUCUUUAUCUGUCCCUCAGAGCACUUUCCUAACAGCGCUAUGAAAUGAACAUGCUCUUUAAAGAACGUCUUGCAUGGUCCCGAUAUUGCUUUUGAUUCACCAGCCCGGGCGUUUAUCUUAGUUCGCCAGCUCUUUUUCGAAGGGUCUGCAUUAAAGACUGCAUUGAUAUUGCUCGAAGGGGGGAAUGACUUUAGUGCUAGAAACUGGAGGAAAACAAAAAGGUCAAAAAGAUGUUGAGUUAAAAAUUAUGGACUUUUAGUGAGGCUGCAAAAGGACAGGAGCGAUGUUCACAGGGGACGGAGUUGUCAGUGGUCAUUUCUUGACCAGUGGCGCCUUCAAGCCUCACCCUGGACUGGAAGUAAACCCGACCAUUCAAAUGGAGAACGGGCAAACCUUUGGGGCACAUCCUCCGUACCAGGCUCAGAUUUACACCAAUGCCAGCUUGCCCAAAGUGGCCGACGACGUUUCAAGUACCUUUAAGGCGCCGACACCCUUAACAGCCCCGCCGCCUGCUCUCAAACUGGGGCAGGAAGGCUUCAAGAAAGUCUGCAGGACUGAGGAGAACAGUCCAUGUCCCUUCCCUGGACUGGCCUCUGGGGUACUGGAGAUGCGGGUGAAAGAAGGGAGUAAAAUCCGCAACUUGAUGGGGUUUGCCAUGGCGCGGAUACAAGGCGGAGACGCGAGCGGCGGCAGUCUGAGGCAAGUGGUCUUCACCGGAUCGGGGCGCGCCGUCACUAAGACUAUCACCUGCGCUGAGAUCAUGAAGCGAAAAGUGGGCUCCCUGCACCAGCUGACCAAGUUGCAAUACAAGGUGGUGAAAGAGGUGUGGGAGAACACCGACGGGGGGACAUCGGAGAUGACCGUCCACAGGACCGUGCCCUCUAUCAGUAUCCUCCUCUCCAAAGACCCUCUGGACACCCGGGAGCCUGGCUACCAACCGCCCGAGGCUCUGGGUGCACUGUGGGAGGAGAGGGACGGCGGCACGCAGUCAGCAUUUAAGAGACCUCUCGCACCUUCGCCGCUCAGCAGUUUCCCGCUGUGUAAGCGGGUGUGUUCAGGAGAGGGGAUCUCCGUCCACCCCCCCGCACUGACUGGAUGUCAAACAGUGCAGGGGUGGCGGGAGGGGGAUUGGAUCCCGAGAGUUCAUUUGGAGCUGCCCUCCGCUCAAGCACAACGCUGAGACAAUCACAACAGUCACUCAGACAGAACAGCGCUUUCUCACAAGACUUAGGUACCAAAUGCAGCCUCGGGAGGUCCGUCAGUCCGGACGGGACGUUUUAAAGCUUCUGUACUUACUUAGGGGCCACAAUUAUGAUCAUAUAAACCCCGAAACAGAAUAAGUUUACCUUUAAAGAUAGAGAAACAAAAGCAAAGUAACUGUUUUGCGACCACAGAUACACGCUUUCCAGUCGAGCCGACACCACAAAGACAAACAGCCUAAAAGCCAUUGAUGAUGAGACAAUUUGUAUUUGUCUGAAUAUUAAAUGUUUUAUUUUUUCCCCUCCCAAAAUGGAAAAGGCUCUGCUGUAUUUUAUCUAUUCCCCUGCAUGAGUGAGUUUGCAAUUGUUGUUGUGCAAAGUGCCAAUGCUGCCAUGGGGAUAUAGAGACAGAUUCUGAUACAUCACACUGAACCGAACGUAAGUCUGGAAAAAGACAUGUUGUCUUAAAAAUGUACACAAAAGAGGUGGUACUGUACAAGGGCUGCAGCUAUUGACUAGUUUCUUUGAUUAAUUAAGUAAUGGGAGAAAACACACAUUAUAGCCUUGAUGCGUACUUUGGGGAAAAAUAGUUGAAAUAAAAAAUGUUCUGCUUGCCAUAACCUUCAUUUUUUUUCUAAAAAAUAAAUGCACACCAUAAGCAUUGAAAUAGCUUUUUUUAACGUGUGCAUGAAUAAAACCUCCACACAGGUCACGGCACAGACUCGCCAGUGCUCACAUGUGCACUGAAUUGCAGCGGCUGUGCGGAUUCUAUGUCUGCAUAUUUAAGAAGUCUGGGCACUCCAUGAAGUUCAGAGUUUAUCAAUUUGUAUGUGUUACAUUCAUUAAAUGAAGCAACAUAAUAUAAAUCAAAGUGUCUUUCUAAUCAAAUUAUUCGAUGUAUUGGAUUAAUUGUUGCAGGACUGAACGAGUGAGAGCUUUUCUUCCCAUCACUCACACGCGCGCGCACACACACACACACACACACACACAUACACACACACACACCAGUGAACUAUGUGUGUUCAAUGAAACAGUCAUCAAAUAAAAAUGAUAUACUUUUUUAUUGCAAACUACCUGUUAUUUUAUUUACCGUAUUUUUCCGACAAUAAGCCGCUACUUUUUUCAAACGCUUUGAACCCUCGGCUUAUAAAACGGUGCGGCUAAUUUAUGGAUUUUUUUUUUUUUUUAUAACAGCCAUAAUGUUUUGUAUUCAACAAAACAGUCCAACAGAGAAACGGAAAAGGUGUGUUAAUUUUUGCGCUAUGGCACCAUCGUUUGGACGAGUUUUCUCACUGCAUGUGCUGCAAGUUAAAAAAUGUACUUCCUUUUUCACGCCUUGAACUGGAAGUAAAACAGUCCAUAGCGUUUCUGCUCGAAAGGAUUCUUCAUUGAUCACUCCAAGCAACGUUUGCAAGUUUUACAAUAUAACUAAAACAAUUCACACUUACUAACCUGUCCCAUGUAUGAGAUGUCUGUAGGAGUGUUGUCAUGCAUAUCUGUACGUGCUAUCGUA